GUCAUGGCGGCGGCGGACGGCUGGUUCACGGCGUUAGCUGUUGGAGUUUCUUUUCUGAAAUGUCUCUUUAUCGACGCGUAUCGCUCCACAGAUUUCGAGGUGCACAGAAACUGGUUGGCGAUCACCCACAGUCUCCCAGUGUCCCGCUGGUACUACGAGAACACGUCAGAGUGGACCCUGGACUACCCUCCACUCUUUGCCUGGUUUGAGUUCGGUUUGUCUCACGUUGGACAACACUUUGACAAAAACAUGCUUCAGAUUCAGAAAGAGCCGUACGAAAGUGACGCGACUCUGCUGUUCCAAAGACUCUCUGUGAUCUGCACCGACCUGGUCUACAUCCUGGCUACAAGAGAGUGCUGUCGUUGUGUUUCGGAGCACAAAUCUCCUAAAGACAUUUUGAAUCGUCCUUCAUUUGUUCUCGCUGUUCUUCUGCUCUUCAACUUUGGCCUCCUCAUCGUGGACCAUAUUCAUUUCCAGUACAAUGGUUUCUUGAUGGGCUUCCUGCUGCUGUCUGUGGCCAAACACCUCCAGUCCAAACACCUGCAGGGGGCGCUGUUGUUCUCUGCGCUGUUGAACCUCAAACACAUUUACCUGUACGUCGCUCCAGCAUACGGCGUCUACCUGCUCCGCUCCUACUGCUUCACCAAAGACCACACGGAUGGCCGGUUGAACUGGAGGAGCUUCAGUUUGCUGCGUUUCUCAGCUCUGGGUCUGAUCGUGCUGUCAGUCACCGCUGUGUCCUUCGGCCCCUUUAUCGCCAUGGGUCAGAUGCCUCAGGUUUUGUCACGUCUCUUCCCCUUUAAGAGAGGACUGUGCCACGCCUACUGGGCCCCGAACGCCUGGGCCCUGUACAACGCCGCGGACAAGGCGCUCACUGUGCUGGGUCUUCACCUGGGUCUGGUAGAGUCUGGUCCUCGGGCCUCGAUGACUGGAGGUCUGGUUCAGGAGUUCCACCACACGGUUCUGCCCUCGAUCUCCCCCUCAGUGACUCUGCUCUGCACCGUACUGGCCAUUCUGCCCGCCGUCUUGUACCUGAUGUGGCGCCCGCGUUGCUCCGCCUCCUUUCUGCGAGCACUGGUCCUGUGUGCGCUCGGCUCCUUCCUGUUCGGCUGGCACGUCCACGAGAAGGCCGUGCUCCUCGCCAUCCUGCCCCUCAGCGUGCUGGCCGUGCAGAGCAGAGAGGACGCUGGGAUAUUUCUGGUUUUGGCAUCGACUGGACACUACUCCCUGUUCCCGCUGAUCUUCACCGCAGCAGAGUUGCCACUGAAGUUCCUCCUGAUGUUCUUGUUCUCAGUGUUUUCUUUCAGCUCGCUCCACAAACUGCACGGGCCCUCUCUGCUGUGUGCCCCGGAGCGCUGCUACCUGUUUGGUCUGGGUCUGGUGUGUGUGACCUGUGACCUGCUCCUGCCCCUAUCGACAGUGAGCGCGCGCCUGCCGUUCCUUCCCCUGCUGGUGACGUCCGUUUACUGCGCUGUGGGCGUGGCCUACUGCUUCAUCCGGCUCUACGGAAGCCUCCUGAGGACAAACUACAAGGUCAAAGCCAGCUGAGACCAGAGGGGAUGUGGACCAAGUUUAGAGAGAGUUUAGACCUGGGUUUAGACCUGGUUUUUGACCAAGUUUAGACCUGGUUUGGACCUGGUUUGGACCUGGUUUAGACCUUUUUUUCGACCAAGUUUUGACUUUGUUUAGACCUGGUUUAAACCAGAUUUAGACCGGGUUUUAAGAGGAGGUAUUUUGCUUUAUCAACUUUUUGGAGCUUUCUAAAUCCGUGUGUUGUUCAUUCAUUAAUUUUUCAAUAUAAAACCAAAAUGCACCGCAUACGGACUGAACCAGGACUGAUCCCAAGACUAAAACAGGACUAAACCAGUGUCAGUCCUAGUCUGGUCCUGGUCUGGUCCCGGUCUCAGUCCUGGUCUUUUCGUUUUCUUAUUUUUGGUUUUAUUUUGAAAAACGAAUCAACAAAUGACACACGGAUUUUUCUACCAUGUUACAACAUUGUUCCCUCCUCAAAAACAUUCCUGAAGAGGCUUUAGAGUCGAGUUUGAGUAAUUCGAUUGAUGAUCUAAAUAUGUUGGACGUGUUUGUUGUUAAUGCCCCAUAAAGUCUUUAAUCCAGGUUUAAAAUCAUGUUUAAGUUUCAGAGAAGACGUUAACUAAAGAACUGUUUUGUACUGCGUUUAUGGAAAUCAAAAUGGUUUCUGGGUGUUAUUUUUUUACUUUCAUCGACGGUUCAAACAGAACAAUGUCGAUGAUCAGAUUUGUGCUUUUUGACACAUCAGGACGAAACGGUCAAAGGGAAACCGAGAUGUUUUGGGUUUGGGUUAUGUUUUGGGUUCGUGUGCCAUUCGGUUUUUUGAAUUUCAAUUAAGAACAAAAAAACGAUAAAAUUGGAAAACAGUUUGUUAUUUCAUUAUUCUGCUUUAGUGUCCAAAAAAAAAAGAUUUCGACCUCUAUUUCCAAUAUUUAAUAAGUUUAUUUCAAAUGACACCGAUCAAAAAACAGUCUUGGUGCCUAUUUUAAUUUUGGUAUUUUAAUCUCUCUGACUUAUAUGAACUGAAACUGAAAAAUAGUUGCGGUUUUGUGGACAAACACAUUUUCUUUUAUUGCGACACAUUCAACUUUCGCGUGCUAGAAAGUCAUUGUUGAACCCAGUGACGAAAACACUUUAAAAAACUAUAAUAAAAAUAUUUUUAUAUUAUAGAUCCAUGGUCAACAUUGCAGCAGAACUUACGGUGCAAAUAAAACACAGAGAAUAAAAGAUCAAAAUUAUAAUAAUAGGCACCGAGACUGUUUUUAAAUUGGUGUUAUUUGACAUAAACUUUAAAUUAAAUAUUGGAAAUUAAGGUUGAAGGUCCGUGUUCCAUUUUUUCUUUUGAAUUUCAAUUAAGAAAGAAAAACAAUAAAAUGGGAAAACAGUUUAUUAUUUCAUUAUUCUGCUUUAGUGUCCAAAAAAACCCCCCAAAAAAACUAAUUAAAUAUUGGAAAUAGAGGUCGAAAUGAAGUUUAUUUCAGCUAACACCACUCACAUAACAGUCUCUGUGCCUAUUUUAAUUUGGAUAUUUAAAUCUUUCUGAAUGAUAUGAACUGAAACUGAAAAAUUGUUGUUGUUUUGUGGUCAAACAUGUCGCCCACUUUUAUAGCGACACGUUUAUUUUUGGGGUCUUAGAAAGUCAUUGUUAAACUCAGUGAAACAGGAAGCUGCGAGGUGAUAAACUUUGUUCACUUGACAACACAGAACUAUAAUAAAAAUGUUAGUUUUAAUUAUGGAUUCAUGGUCAACACUGCAUCAGAACUUCUGGGACAAAUAAACCAGAGAGAAUAAAAUAUCAAAAUUAUAAUAAUAGGCACCGAGACUGUUUUUUAAUUGGUGUUAUCUGACAUAAACUUUAAAUUAAAUAUUGGAAAUCGAGGUCGAAGGUUCGUGUACAAUUAGUUUUUUGAAUUUCAAUUAAGAACGACAAAAAAUAAAAUGGGAAAACAGGUUCUUAUUUCAUUUUAUUUUAUUUAUUUAGUGUCCAAAAAAACCCCCAAAAAACAUUUUGACCUCUAUUUCCAAUAUUUAAUUUAAAGUUUAUUUCAAAUAACACAGUGCCUAUUUUAAUUUUGAUAUUUUAUUUUCUUCAAGCAGAAGAACUUCACAUAAACCAGAGAGAAUAAAAUAUCAAAAUUUAAAUAGUCAUGAGGCAGUUUUUUGGUGUUAUUUUAAAUAAACUUUAAAUUAAAUAUUGGAAAUUGAGGUCGAAAUGUUUUUUUGUUGUUGUAUGAAAUAAACUGUUUUCCCAUUUUAUUGUUAUUCAUUCUUAAUUGAAAUUCAAAAGAACGAAUUGUACACAGACCGUUGCAAUCAAUUUAUUUAUUUAUAUAUUUUUUUAUUUGACACUAAAACGAAAUAAUGAAAUAAUAACGCGUUUACACGUUUUAUUGAUUUUCAUUCUUAAUUGAAAUUCAAAAGAACGGAGUCAAAAAUGCCAUUCAUAAAUAAACAUUCCUCUUUCUAUAAAAACUGGUUUGUUAUUUUUAAAUCACUUUUUUCCCUUGUGAUGUCAUGUGUUGUCUCUCUGUUUGGACACUAUAUGAUUUUAAACCGUUGAACAUGAAAGGCCUGUCUGCUCCUCUGACCUGUUUAGCCUUUUUGGGAAAUGAGUUGCGUUUUGUGUCGACUCAGAUGAAGUAUUUUUAACUUUGCUCGAAGGCACUUUGUCCGGAAGUCUGAGGAAAUUCAGAGGGCAGCAAACCCAGAACCCUGUAAACCCUGGAACUGCAGGUCACACAGGAAUAUGGUGAAAUGUUGAGACCAGAGGCGGCGCUACGUUUAGGCAAAAGGGCGGCUGCUUAGGGCCCCCAAACCUGGAGGGGCCUCCAGUAGGUCUAGGUGAUAUGGAGCAACAAAUCUAUCUCGAUAUAUUUUUUUAUCUCGAUAUACGAUAUAUAUCUUGAUAUGUGUACAGGAAAAAAUAACCCCCAAAACUUCUGCAAAAACAAAUCUGCCAAAAUUCCACAAUGUUUUUUUUUUUUUUUUUUACUGAAAUGCAAGAGGUCGGCAGUUUAUGUAGGAACAAAGUGCUUCUGCUGCAUUUAAGAUUACAAAAAAUCCUUGAUUAAAUAAAUAAUAAUUUAACUGUAAAAUAAAAGAAAUAAUACAUAUUUCCUUCUUUUCAUUCAUAAAUAAAACAACUCAACUGAAGCUCAUCUUUGCAUUAACUCUGUGGACCGUAUGAUAACCAUGAGCUCCUUCAGCAGAGGAAGAUCAGGAGGUUCAUUAUUUUAACAGAUCCAUGUUCCUCACAGUGUAAAGAGCUGUGAGGUUUCCCACAAUCCAUUGCAGAUCAAACCCAAUGUUUCCAAACACUGUUGUACAAGUGACACUGCAGCAGAUUAUUCAUUAAAAUCUUCUGCAUAAAUAAACUUUGACUAAACUUUACAACAUUUAAACCAAAAUGACUCUAGAGCCACAUCAGCCCAUUUGAGAUUAUAA